AUGUUCGUCUCCCAACCCCCGGGAGAACGGCGCUUGACAGUGUCGCCUGGGGGGCUCCUGGGGGCCUCAGGAGAGUUGGAGGAAAAAGACCCAGAGCUACUUGGAGAUGGGAGCUAUAAGAAGGGAGCUCUCACUCAUUAUCACGAUCAACCCACCCCCACACACCACCUAACACUCACUCACACCCCACACCACACACCACACACUCCCCACACCCUCACACACCACCCGCACCACAACCCACACACCACCCACAUCAAACACACGACACACACACACCCACCCACAUCAAACCCCACCCACACCCCACGCACUAAACCCGCACCCAACACCACCCACAUAUCACCCCACCCAUACCACACAAUUAACCCCACACCACCCACACCUCCGACCACCACUGCACUCCACACGCCAUCCCACCCACUCACCUUCACCACCCCAUCCACACCUAAACCCUCACACCUCCACACACCACACCCAACAUCGUCCCAUACUCUAACGCAAAAUGAAGUGAGUGGCUCUCAGGACGUUGAGAAAGCUAUUGGGAUUUCAAGUCAUUUGGUGGGCUUCUUUCAUGUGAAUAGAGUUCUUCAUCUCAAUAAUAAUAAUAAUAAUAAUAAUAAUAAUAAUAAUGAUGAUGAUGAUGAUGAUGAUUAUGAUGAUGAUGAUGAUGAUGAUGAUGAUGAUGAUGAUUAUGAUGAUGAUGAUGAUGAUGAUGAUGAUGAUGAUGAUUUAAAAUAA